UUUCCUACAUUAUCUUCUUCUUCCUUUUCCGCGUGGUGUUGAAUAAGAUUUUCACCGCCUAAUCGACAAAUAUGGGUCGUUACGCCUCUGAGCCGGACAAUGCGGCAAAAUCGGCCAAAGCCAAGGGAUCCAAUCUUCGCGUUCAUUUCAAGAAUACGCGCGAAACGGCUCAGGCUAUCAAGAAGCUGCCCUUGAACCGCGCCGUGACCUACCUGAAGAACGUGAUCACGCAGAAGGAGAUCGUGCCCUUCCGACGAUUCCGUGGGGGAGUGGGCCGACACGCUCAGGCCAAGGCCUUCAAGACCGAUCAGGGUCGCUGGCCCAAGAAAUCGGCCGAGUUCUUGUUGCAUCUGCUCAAGACGGCCGAGUCCAACGCCGAGUACAAGGGUCUGGAUGCCGACCAUCUGGUGAUUGACCACAUCCAAGUCAACCGCGCUCCCUACAUGCGUCGUCGCACCUACCGUGCUCACGGUCGGAUCAACCCCUACAUGAGCUCGCCCUGCCACAUUGAGGUGUGUCUGGUUGAGAAGGAAGAGGCGUUCCAGAAGGCUGGCCCCACCGGCACCGAGCCCGAGAAGAAGAAAGUCUCGCAGAAGAAACUGAAGCGCCAGAAGAUGCAGAUGGACCGCAGCGAAGGCGCCAUGUAAAGCCGUGUGGACCCCGUUAUCACAUCUCGGUCAAUAAAAGCCAAUUUUUGGACUGCA